AUGCAUAAAUUCGACGAUGGGUCAGUGAAAGUUGUGUGUCAUGAAUCUCGAUCACUCACCAAGGCCGAGAAAGGGUAUGGCCAAGUAGAAAAGGAGGCGUUGGCGCUAAUAUUCGGAGUCAUCAAAUUCCACCACUUUAUUUACGGCAGAAAAGCCGCUGUUCGCCGUAUUCGGUUAAAAAAAGGGAUUCAUGUUGUGCACACCACCAAUCGCCUAAAACGGUGGGCGCACAUAUUUCGGUCGUACGACUUCGAAAUAAAGCGCAUUUCAAAUGAUGACUUCGGCUAUGCUGACGUGCUUUCCCUGCUCAUUGAUACCAAAAUCAAACCGGAAGAGGAUUUCGUGAUUGCUUUCGUUCAUCUAGAGGAAGAAAUUACUGCUAUGAUCGAUGCGGCAAUUAACGUUUUACCAAUCAAUUUCAAACAUCUACAGGCGGCUACAAUCAAGGACAAAACUCUUCAAACGGUCAUCAAAUUCAUCCAGUAA